UAAACGUAAUUUUAUUGUAAUCAUCCGCACAGUAAGUAAUAUUUUAUAUAGUGAUUUAUACCUAUUUUAAAUAAGUAUAACCAUUGAACAUAAUAUAGAUAAAUAGAUAAUAUAGAUAUACCUUAUUGAUUACGAAUUCUAGUUGGUGGCUAAGUGAUAGAUAAUUAUUUAAAAUCAAUGGCAUUGCUUAUGAUUUAGGUAGUUUGAUAUUACAAUAUUAUGUCGUAUAAAUAAAAUCGAAUAUGCAUUAAUAUCAAAUUAUACGUACCUACUACCAUUGAUUAAAUAAUAUUCAUGCAUCUUUAUUCGUUAAUCGUGUUACCUACCAAUAAUACUAUUUAUAAGAAUUUGAUUUUGUUUACAAGCGGUUUAAUAAACAUUCCCUAUUUCAUUUAGUUGAUCAAAUUAUUACCUAUAGUUGCUAUUCGUUAUUCUCUGUGAGUUAUAUGUGUAUUGGAUAUUAUGUUUUAUUAAUACGUACUAUUAAGCAAUUAGAACCGAACGAUUGAUUAGAAAAAAUGUGGUACAGACAAAUGAACUGUUUGGUUUACAAACGUGAGGAGUGUAAGUGUACCUGACACCUGUAACUACCAAGUAAUGUAAACUAAAUUAUGAUGACGCAGUUUUACUGAAACACUGCAUUAUUUACUAAAUUUACAUAAGAUGAAUUGUAUGUUGUUUUUGUAGCAAAAUAUGAAGGUAGGUAAUAUUAGGAAAUAGGAAUUACGGUAAUGACAAAGUUACAAAAAUGCAAAAUAUAUUUUAUCGGAGUAUUUUUUUUGUAUUAUCAACCAUGGUAACCAGAUACAACCGUGAUUGUAGAACCACGAUUUUAUCAGUUCUAUGUUUCAGUUUAUUCUAAGUUUGAUUUCAAAUAUGAGUAAAGACCUUAUACUUAGGGCUAGGUAAGUAUAAAUUCUAUGAAUAUUUUGCGGAUUUAAAAUUUAGCUCCUUUUUAGUUACUGAGGGGAACGAGGAAUGUAUUAAUUUUAUUGUGAUGCGUGUUGUUUAUUAAAUUUUUGAUUCACCCUUAACAACUUUUUUACUAGAAAUCUUGUUUCAAUUAAUAAAUGACAAGGUAGCCUUAUUGUAGCAUCUUGGAUUUAGUUGGUGCAUCGGAGUUUGUGGUCUUUAUUUUUAUGAGUAGCAGUUUUUAUAAUAAUUGGGGAAACCGAAAAAAUAAUGUAUUCCAAUAACGGACAAAUUUAUGACAGAAAAAGUCUCAUUAUUAUUACUAUUUUGUUUUUUUUUUUUUUGUAGUAAUUAUUUGGUUAAAAAUAAUCGUGGAGAUCUAAAAUUUGUAAAGAAUACUAUAAUAGUAUUGGCUUUUAUUAGACAAGGUAAUAUUUUUAAAAUGAUCUAACGAUAUUUGAGAUAUUUUAAAGCAUUUGACAUUUUCAAGUUUUUAGAUUCUGAGUGGAGCGAAGAAGUAAUAAUUUUACAAAUAUGUUUAUUAAUUUUGUUUUAUCUGUGCGCAACUUUUUUACCAGAAGACUUGCUCAGAUUUUUAAGUGUAGCGUAUUUUUCUGAAAUGAAAUCGGUGAGAGAAGGUAAUUUUUCGAUUUUCUCAAGAGUUUUCUCAUAAAAUUUAAAAAACUGAAAUAAAACAGAAAAAUGUAGGAUAAUAUUACGAUUUUUUUUCCUGUUUACAACUUUUCUACCAGCACUUUUGCUCCAACUUUUAAUUAUAGCAAUGUUUCUAAAAAGAAAUUUCACUACCGAGGUGCAUUAGAGACCAAACCAGUACAUUGCCGCUGUACGAUCCUCUGAACACUGCUUAUGUGGUUAGGACACAUGUUUUAUUGUUGGAAAAUUGGUAAGAUUGGGUAUAUAUGCCUAGGGUAUUUUUAUUAAAAAGUGUACAUAACGGUAAAUCAUUGCUAACAUAAAAUGACUCUGAGCGAAUUUUGGAUAACAUAUACAUAUCAUUACUAAAUAUAAUUUUUGUAAUUGCCACUUGACUAUAUUUAUAUAAUAGGUUUAUAGUGUUUAUGCCUAGCAUAAUAGUAAUAAUAUUAAAUUUUAACAACAACCGAAGCCUUACAUUUUAAAAGUUCAUAAUAAUAUUAUGUAGGUCAAUUAUAGCUCUCAUUUUUUAAAAUCUUAAAUCGUUAGGUAUAAUAGUAAGUAUACAGGGACACAGGUCCUACAAUGCAGUGACAAAUUUAACUUUUAACUUAGAUCAAUAGUUUCUGAGUAAUAGCCGUUUUAAUUUCUAAAAAGUUGGUGUGAAAAUAAUUAAUUUUCAAUAGAAUAACACGUUACUCGAUAAGGAAUCACAAUUAGCACGGUAAGUCAUUAUCUUUUAUUGAACAUUAUUUUCACGACAAUUUUCUAGAAAUUAAAACGGCUUUUACUCAGAAACUGUUGAUCGGAUAUGAAUGUAUGGUAUAUUAACAUUUUUAGAAUAAUAUUUUUUACAAAAUUGCUGUUUUUAAAAUGUUGAAAAUUGAAAAAAUAAAUAAGUACCUACCACGUUUUCUAGCACAAAUAUGGCUCCAAUUGAAAAACGACAAGAGACCUUUUUUUAUUGAAUUAUUAAUCUUGUUUUCACUGAUGCAGGUCGUUUUUGAUUUUCGAAUUAGUUUUCAUAAUAAUCGGGAAAAUAUGUAGUGAGGUUAGGUUAAAAAAAAUUACGGCACUUCAAUUUAUACAUUGCCGAACUGCGCUCGGAAUCGUCUUUCGUCAAGCAAUGAUUUAUCGUUGCUUACAGUUAUAAAUGAAAUAACCUUAUGUUUUCUACCUCCUCAACUUCUCAUCUACAACAGUGGCUGCUCUUAUCCCCAGUAUUAGCUCUUUUUGUUUUUUUAAAAGAAAAUUUUACAGAAUAUUUUCAUUUGCAUAUUUUAACAUAAAAGAAAAUAUAAUACAGUUCAUUGAUUACAAAAUAUGACAAACAUAUCGAAUUUAUAAUAUUCAAGUCAAUAAUAAUUUAUUACAUUUUUAUUGAGUUUAUACAUUUUUAAAGUCUGUAUACUAUCGCUAUGUGCUUGUAAAAUAUUAAAAUAAACUUAUAUUUUAUAGAAUAUUCACAACAAGUACUCAUCAAGAUCUGUACCUCAUCGUCCACGAAGAAUAUUGAAGGCGUGAUGUUUACUGCACUGCUAUAUUAUAUACAUCACUCUAAUAAAUUAUCGGUAAUAUUUUUUAAUAAUUAUUAUUAUCACUCUGUGGUUUAUGUUGCCAGUACUCGGGAAAUGAAAAUAGUGGAAAUCCGUGGAAAACUGAUGACUAUUUUAUGACUAUAAAGUAUAUAUGCAUUUUAUAUAGGGUAUUACUAGUUAGGUAUAAUAUGAUGCCGCAGUAUAGUUGCGCCAGAAUUUCUUAUCCAAGCGAGCCAACCUGGGCCAUUGAUUUUUUAGAGUGGACAAAAUUACAUAUAAUUACCUUAAUAUCCGAGUGAGAUUUUUACUAAUAUACUCUAACAGGAAAAUAAAAAAACUAACUUAAUUUUCUACAGUUACAUUGUCACUAUUAAAAAUAAUAACAAUCGAUUUACCAAUUUUUCGAUGAAAAAUAACUUUUGUUUAAACUUCAAAUAAUUGUAUACAUUUAUAACGAUUCAUCAUUAUUCAAUAUUUGUGUUUAAAAUAUAUUUAUAAAAUUAAUAUAUUGGUUUUGUAAAAUAAAUGUUUUAAAAAUUUUAGCACCUUGGCUCGGCCGUUGUUUCGUUAAAACGUGAGUUCACUUCACUAAUAAUGUGAACAAUUAUAGACGCACGCCGCUUUUAAGAUUUUGUAUGUUAUUGUUUUAAUAUUAUUAUCGAAAGGAUGUCCCGAAAUAAUGUACGCAGUUUUUGAAAACUGAAUUACUCAGUAAUAUUUAAUGAAAAUGCAUAUAUUUGUAUGUUCUUAUUUAAAAAUUUAUUUUCUGCCAAUCAAUGAUUGAUGUUAAAAAAUGCUUUUAAAACAAAAACAAAAAAUACAUUGUUAUACAAAAACGUGUAAAAUAAUACCAUGCUAAAUCGUUCGUUAUAAAUUAUUUAAUAUGACAACGUUAUAUUAAAAAAAACAAGCGAACGUUCUUAUUGGUAUUAUUGAAAAUGUCGUUCUUAAUCUUAUUUUAUCACUCGAAAAUGUUCUGUAGAUAUGAUGUGCACUAAAAUACACACAUAUUACUUUGGAAUACUGUAAUAUAUAAUAUAAAUUUAUAUUUACUGGUUAUCUGACGCAUCUAAAAAAUGUUGAACUGCUUCCCAUUUAUUUAGUACCCAAUACAAUUAAAUCAAAGUUAAAUUAACAAUUAUUUUUAUUUUUCCACAAGUUAAUUUCUUCCAAUUAAUUAUAAAUAUUCUAGGAUAACCAAUUUAAAGUCAUAAGAGAUCAUUAAUAUAGCGAGUAGAUAGGCAAUGGUCUACCCCACACAAGAUUAUAUUUGCGAGUCCCAUUUGAAAUAUUUUUUCUUUUCAAAACUUUUAAAGGUAUUUAUUUAUAUUAUUUUUAUAGAUAGGGUUGCCAUUCGUCCCAGUUUUACCGGGACAAUCACGGGUUUAAGGGCAUGCCCCGGCCGGUGACCCAGCGAUUCAUUCAGUUUGUCCCGGUUAAUAAAGGUUGAGAGUAUGAAUCGCUUGGUCGGAUUAAUGAAAGUACAUUAUCCUGAUGUAGAGGCCUGAUGGUAGGUAAAAUUAAUUUUGGUUUAACUUGUAACAAAUUUUACGAAAAAAAUUAAGAAUGAUACAAUUCUAUUGAAAAAAAUGCAUUCAAGUGAACCGUAAUAUAAUCAAUAGACAAUAGAUAAUAACAGUUUAACAGUUAAUAAAAUAUUAUCAAUAAAUAGUAAUGUGAUUUUGUAUUAAUAAACAUUCAAAUAAAAAAGGGGAUAUUUAUAUUUAAUUGAAAUAUUUCCAUGACCGUUACAUUAAAAAAAAAAAAAUAAUAAUAACAAUGAGCAAUCAAUAUCAUGUCCCGGUUUGGUUAGGAUAAUUUGUCGACCCUCUAUGUAUUAUAGGUAAAAUAAGAAUAAAUACACAGGCGUCCCUGAGGGGGAGAGCAUAUAAGACUGGGUAAUUUCCCGCGGUCUGGGUUUUUAAUUCCUAUGUACUAAAUGAAUUACAGUGCUGAAAAUGUAUUAAAAAAAAAAAAAAAAAACUGAAAACAACACACAAGGUAAACUUCCGCGGACGUCCAUAAAUAAACGAUAAAGCAAGGGCGGCCGUACGGUAGAUCCCGAACGAUUUCAAUGUCGAUUUACCUUUGUUAGAAUUUGUUUUUAAAGAAUUAGUAUAGAUAAAUCACAAGUACCGAUAAUUAUCGUGUCUUGUUAGAUAAUUUCGUUAUCACUUUAUCAAAUAAUACAGCUCAACAGUUUUUUAUGCUAUCAAUUGUAUUUCUGUAGGUAUAUUUAUAAUAUUAGAUUGGAGUUUUGAUAGUUGGAGUUUGGAAGUGUGAUGAAAAAUGAAAAAUGAAAAAAAAAAAAAUAAUUUUCAAAUAAAUACUCGUAUGUAUACUUUAGUUUUAUAGUUUAUGCGUGAUUUAUGUUUAUUAUUAGUACCUAUUAGGUUUUUUUUUUAUGGAAUUCGAUCGUCAAAGGAAAAAUAUAUUCUUAUUGGAUUUCCAGUAAAAAAAAAAAUUACCUGCAAUAUUUGGGUCGUUUUAUUAGUUACGCGCAACGCUAAAUAGUGUAUAGACUUUUAAACCGAUUAUUUCGAUUUGUCUCGACAUUAUUGCAAUGCAUUGCACCUCGUACAUAUAUUUACAUUGAAAAAUAUGUUACAUUUUUUUAUGAUUUUGAGUUGGUGUUUUUUGACAGCAUUUGAAACCAAUCAACUAUAAUAUUUAUUACUGUAGGAGUUUAGAACGAGACCAUCGUUCAUGCGUAUAAUUCGUAAUGACGUCCCUGCAGUGUCGUGUAUUUUGGUCGUAGCACGACAUGAAUAACAUUAUUAUAUAAUAGGGACUAUUCGACCGAAAAUGGACGCCGAGAGAAUAAACUGUUUCUCUUUUAUUCAUUUAUUUUUCGAAAAUCGUUAUCCAAUACAAAGCCGUUUCGCCAAACUUUUUAAUUUUAUAAUUUUACAGACGACUGUAUCGACCACGUUGUCGACAUUAUUGUUGUACAUAUAUUAGAUUCUGAUAGUGUAUAUCGAAGAAGCUAUUAGUUUUAUAAAGAUGUGUGUUUUCUCUUCUUUGGUUCGCGUAGAAAAACCCCUUUUUUUGGCUAAUAAAAUGCUGCGACUUGCUAACGCAGUUUAUUUUAAUGGAUAAUUUCUGAUGGGGAGGAAAAAAAUACCACUAAUAAUACUCCGCUCAGAAGAACCAGGGCGCGAGAUAAUUCGUAAAUCCCUCGGGUGACCUGAAUAUUAUGGGUUAGGUAUUCGUUUCACUAUUUUUGCGCGAGUAUUAAACACAAAAUAUAUCGGGUAUGUAUAGGUUCGGGUGUUGUAGAUAUUUUGUUAUUAUUAGGUAGAAGACAGUGAUAAAAGUAAAACUACAUUUAACUUAAAUACAUUGCAUUUAUUAGGUUUUUAUUUUAAAAGAUAGGUGGUAAAUAAUUUUCGUUUUAUCCGUAUAAGAAAAAAAAAGAAAUUAAUUUUCUUUACUACAAUACAUAGAUACGAUGUAUAAAACUUGUGAAUACAUUAAAUUGAAAAAUUAAUAAUCUGUACACAAAAAUUACGUAGAAUGUUUUUUUUUUUUUGUCAACCUCGACCCUCAUACAUAUUAAAAUUAACUUUACAAUUAGAACCGUACAAUAAAUAAAAGUUUGAUAUCAAAGAAACUUGUUCAAAUUAAUGAAACAAAUACAGUGUCCCACAAAGAUAUACUUAUUGCAAUAUCUCCUGAGAUAAUAAAGAUAUCCUGUAUUUUUUUUAUAUAGCUCGCAGGGAUGGACUAAAAAUAUUUGUAUUUGAAUUAAAUUUUUAUGUUUUGAUAAAAAAAAUUACUUUCUAUUUUAUUAUUUUCGAAAUAUUUGAAGAUAUCCAUUUUGACGUUUCAACUUUUCAUUAAAUUCGUGAUUUUGAAUAUUUUUUUAAAGUUCAAAGAAAAGUAUCUAUAAUUAUGCAGCAGGUUGAAAUCGAAUUCGCUAAUUAAUUAUUAUUAUUAUAGCUAAUUGAUUGUACACUUUUUUUCCUCAGAGCUUUAAACAAUUACUAAAAAUCACGAAUUUAAUGAAAAUAAAAAGUUGAUCCGUCAAAAUGUUCAGAAAAACUCUGAAAAACUCAGAAACUCCCAGAAAAACUUUAUAAAAUGGCUAUUUAUCAUCAAAUUUUUCGAAAAUAAUAAAAUAAAAAGUUAUAUUUUUACGAAAACGUAAAAAAUUAAUCGAAAUAUAAAUAUAUGUAGUCCUUAUUCUUGUGGGUAAUACAAAAAAAUAUGUGGGGAAAAAUCGAUUUUAAACGAUUUCAUCUGCAGGAUACAAAUAGUUUUCAUCUAUAUAGUAUAUGAGUCUCGACGCUGUACCGUAUAUAUAAGUUCACGUCCCGCAUUGUGAAAGUCGUAAGUUUUUUUUUUUAUUUUUGUCACGGGUUUAGUGAAAACUUUUGAAUGUCGCGUAAACGUUUUAGCAGUCGUUCUCCCUCCGCGACCCCUCAAAACGUCGCGGAUGUAUCGUAUUUAUAACUCGGUCAAAGAGGAUUUUCGUUCUGAGGGGGAACUGUAGUGCGACGAUGCACUGGGGGGACAUUAAUGCAUUGUAUAUACGCAUAUAUAGCGGGGGCGUGCAAUUUUGAUCGACGGUGGCGACGGCAGCGGCGUUUACGAGCCAAACCGCGAUAAUAACGGACGGCCAGUAUAGUGCGACAGCGUCACGGCGUGGCGAUGACGGCGUUUACGAGCAUACCUACACGCGUCUGUCGUUAUCGCCGCGGUUAUUGAAUAGCGCAAACCCGCGGUCGCCGCGGACGCUGUGCAGUAUACAACCGCCGGCGCCGGUUUCCGUUAAUUUGGGGCAUCAAGAUCCGGGUGGGAGGGGGCAGGAGGGAGCGUCAAACGCGGAUUAAAAAACAAAUAUAAACUCAUAAUCGGGCGCGCGUUUAUAGGUACACGCAUGCACUAUACACUUACUCUCGUAUAAAACGUAGCGCACGAAGUGUACACAGUAGUGCUGCACCUAGUUGUGUACACGCGGGGUAGAUAUGUGCAUUGUGCCGCCGCCGAUCCUGUGUCGCGGGACGGCAGGCGAAUUAUUAUAGUAAUCAAUAAUCAUGCGCACCCCAUUCACGGAGCGAGGGACGCGACAAUGGCGCGGGCGGGUGGGUGGGUGGGUUGGAGCGCGUGCGCGGCGGGCCCGACGGCCUUAUCACGACCGCAUCCCGUCGUAGAGCGUUUCGCGCCAUCCGUGUACCCGUCGUCGCGUCAGUAAUCCGCCGUCCCUGGUCCCGAACGUCUGCACCGUGUAACGUAACGCGCGCUCCGCGUGAUCGCAUCCGCAGAAGGCCCUCGACGGACGCGAUACGUAUACGGCGUUGGCCGUCCCGAACCGACGACCGAGGCGGCAGAUGACCGGCCGAGACCACUGUAACGAUUCCCGAGCGACUCGCCGAGCGCUAUAAUAUCUAUUUUAUAGGUAGGUAUUUACUUAUAGCCGAGAUUUUCUAAUGCGGGUGGGGGGGGGCAUUCGAUUUCGUUAUUAUAAACUUACCCGCGUGUGUAUCGGUGUUUGAACCCAUUGUGAACUAAUUUUCGUCAACAACUAUAAAAAAAAUAUCGUCGUUAUUGACGAACUAAGUUUGAAGAAGAACAUAAAAUCCGUGUGUUAUAAUGUGUAUUCACGUGUAUACGUAUUUAAAUACAAUGAUAUUAUCAUGUAUAGUGAUCGGCUUAUCACGAACCACUGAUUUCCUCGAAUGAUUUUUGUUUUUUAAAAAUAAUUAUAGAAUCAUUUAAACUUUAUUUUAAAAAUAUAUUUUUAAUUUGUUACCCUCACUCCUUUUAAUUUAAAUGAGUACCUUUGGUUUUUUAAAUAGCAAACCAUCCCCCCCUUCUUAAACACAGAUUCUAAUGUAGAAUAUUUUUCUACAUGUUUUGGUAGACAUAAUCAACACUCAACGGGCAUUUAUUAUAUUACAUUUAAAUUUGAAAUUAUGUUUAUGUGUUUCGAAUAAUUAUUAACUAAUCAUAAUUAUAGAUACUAUUAUUAUAGUAUAGGUACUGUAAGUAGAUAUCUACAUGAAUUGUCAAGUUUUAAAAUAAAAUAGAAUACCUAAUAAAAAGAAUUAAAGGAGAAUAAAUAAUUUAUCAAUUAUUGGUGAAUGUCCUAUAGACUGCAGCCCGUUGUUCUCUUAUAUUUCUAUUCAAUACACAUUUAUUUUAAUUUCGAAGUAAUUCAAUUUAUCUGAUAGGUUUACUGGUAUUCGGUGCUACAGUAGUAUUGUUUGUUUCCAUCUAUACUUACCACGGAGUAAUAAUUGGUUUAAAUUGAAAACAUUAUGUUCCUUUUGAAAAUUAUUGUGCCACUCGGGAUUUUAAUGUGUACAUAAACUUCUUGAAAGACUAUUUGUGGACUCCAAGGUUUUACCCGAAUCCCAUUUGAAAAACACAUUUAGGUUUGUACACGGUUUGUACGACGGUGGGAAAUCUAACAGAUAAUAAUAUUAUUAACAUUGUGUUUAGCUUUUUUUUCCCUUUUUGUUUUAAAACUAUAAUAUAUUUGUUUUAUUCUAAGAGUUCCAUGACAUUUAAAGUUUUGAAUAUUAUCAAGAAUUGUAGUGUUUCUCGGAAUACAUAGUUCUUAAAAGAAGACAAUAUUCUCCUGGGAUUACCACCUACGAAAAAAUAAAUGGAAAAAGUGCACAAAACACAUUGUGUAAAAAAGUGGAUCGUGGAUAUUUUAUUCAUUCGCGUGAUUCGCGUAAUCUAUGCAGAUUUGUAAAACUGUCUUUUUUUCAAAAAUAAUUUGGAAUAAAAAAUAAUAAUAUUAUAUAGCUCAACGUGUUUCGGUAUAAAUUUAUUAAAAAAAAAUGUAUAUGGUUUUACAAAUACAUUAUAAUACAUUAUAGGGUGUUUUAUUUCCUACUAAAAAUGUAAAAUAUACUAAUAACAAACAAUAAGAAAUAAAGAAAAAUCAAUAGUAAAUUUAUUUUAUGAAAUUCGAUGAUCUCUGCGACAGCAUUUGUUUGUAUUUUAUUUUUUGUCAUUCGAAUUGAUUAAAACUGAAUAAUUAAUCUGUAUAAAUCACUUUAUAAAAGUAAAAAUUAUAAUUGUUUACUGAUACAUGAUGCAUAUUUAAUAAUUUAAUUAAGAAAAAAACAAAUGCAGCGUAAAUAAAAAUGUAGGUAAUACAAUUCUGUAUAAAAUAUUAAAAUAAAAGAUAUAUUUUUUUUUUUUAUAGGAAAAUUGUUAACGAACUAUACGUUAAUAUACAAAUUUAAUGGAGCAAUUCAAACUUAUUCUCGUGUCUACGUAGAUUUUUCGCAGUUAUUUUCAGUAAAAAAAUUUGUUAAUAUAGUGAACAAAUCUUUCAUCGGUAAAAUUUUCAUUUUCGUAUGAGUUUUUUUUAUUUAAAUGUACGAUCGGUGGUUGUUUUUACUAUCGCUUCUUUCAAUUUGAGAAUUUGAGAACACUCAAAGUUUACGAGUAUAUACUCUUAUUUUGUCUUUUAUUAAGGUUUUUUUUUUUUUUGUUUAUCUACCGUGAAUUGAAAGGUGUAUAAUAGAAUAGAAGACGAAUAGAAACAAAUGUAAUUAAGAUUUUCGUACUUUAAAAAAACUCAAAUAAAAUCGUUAGAAACAUGAAAUGUUAGAUUAUUUGUAUUGUUUCGAUUUGAUCAACAAUAUACGACGAAUAUCGAUUUACCUAAACUUCUAAGGUUCUAAAAAGUUAAUUCUACAGUAGUGUUUCAUAAUGAAUUGAUUUUCGCAAUAGCCUAAGUGUUAAUUGUUUGUAAAGCAAAACUGUAUACGUCUGUAUAAAUAUUUGUCGUGACCAUUCUUAGUUGUGUAUAGUAAUAAUUACUCAUAUUUAUGAUGGUAGCAGUAUUUAAGCACUUAAAAUUUCCUCGGACGUUACACGGAUUUAAACAAAUAGGAAGACAAAUAACAAUAAACAUCAUAAUGUAGGGUCGCGGACACUUAAAUGGUAUCUUUAAAAUAAUCAAAGUUGAUGGCCCCGGGAGUAUUGUUUCGUAUUAUCUAAGGACUGAGGGUGGCUACUAAAGCGAAUACGAAUGAAUAGAAAACAAAGAUCGACUUCAUCCAUGGGUCAUUUUCUUUACUUUUCCACCAUUCCAGUGUCCUACGAAAUAAGCCGGUUCUGUUAUUUGCAAUCCCAAAAGAGCCGUUAAUCUUCACCAGAGACGACAAUGCGUAUGGUAAAAACGAUCGUGUUGUGUGUCUAUACUGAAAAAAACGCAGUUUACGUGACUUGUGUUCAGAGUUUUCAGCAGUAAUAUGCGGUGUCAAUGGGUUCUGUUCAUAUGGACAACUGCGGGGUAUAGUGUUUUUUCGCAUCAUCAUGAUAGCUAAUUUCGGUGAAAGCUCUUGUGUGUUGAAACUUAUAUUAUGGCUGAUCGUGCAGUGUUGAAACACUAGUGUCUACCGGCCGAGGUUUAUUGCAAUUUAUGUGCUGUUUGUCGGUAAAGAUCCCUCGUUUUGGAACUUUGAAUUAUUGAAGAAUCGCCCACCUACCCUAUACAUACUAAAAACGACCCUCCUCGGUUGGCAACUGCUGUGCGCGGUUACGAUUUUAUCCCCCGCCGUUCUAAACUCGAGAAUAUAUAUGAGUUUGUCGUUUGAAAAGAAAAUAUAAAAAUACAUCUGGACGAGGAGAAAAAGGGAAAAAACUCCUUACACGCGCACGCACACAUCGUUCCGAGGGGAAUCAUUCUGUCCAUCAUCGUUGCCUGAAGAACGUCCCUCGGGGAAUUCGUGUUUCCCUGUCCCUAAAAAGAUGUUAUACACAAGGUGUACAGUAUACUCGUAUACUGUACCAGACACCGGCUUUACGAUUUUGUGAUCCGAUAAAAGAUUAAUAAGAAUAGUGUUGCAAUAGUCUUUAAAAUUAAACGAGCGAUCAACAAAUAGAAACCGUUAAAUAUGCAUUUAUAUUUAUAAAACCAUAUCUUUCUACUCGUGAAUGAUGAAUUGUAAAUUUAAAAUUAAAUUCUUAAAAUAGAAUUUAUUUUAUAAUUUAAACUUUUCUUUUUUACGUUUUCAAAUUUUUCCUAAUCGUAGAUAGGUACCUAAUUUUUUUUUUAAAUACUGUAUAUUUCAAAUAUUAAAAUUUGAUCAUUACUGUAUGGUGCAAUGCAAGUUUUAAAUUAUUUUAAUGGGCCUUAAAUUUAAAAAAAAACGUAUAGCGUUUAAUAGAAAAAAAAAUGGUUUGCAAGUUUUAUUAGUAGGUAAUCAAAUAAUAACAUUGUAUACCUAGUAUACAUUUUCACUAAUUGUAGACUCAUAAUUUGAUAAUAGAUAAUAGAUAGACUUAAAUACUGAAUAAAAGCCACAAAAUUAUCAAUAAGUAAGUACAAUAAACAUUGAAGUAUAUUUUAACUUUGGUAUUUGUAUGAGGUAUCUAUUAAAAAAAAAAAUAAAUAUAUACUUUUUAAUUUUUAUUACAUUUCAUUUGUAAACAUAUUGAUGACACGAGAACAGGUUAACUGCACUUAUUAUAUGGGUGUAUACUUAUUAUAAAAGUAUUAUAUGCGUGUCAUUACAUAACGAUUUUUGUUGUUUAUGUAUAUCUAAUAAAACCUAUUCGUAGAUUAUCUUCAGUAUUACAAUUUACUAAAAAGUUAUUAUUUGGAAAUAAAUUAAUGUUAAUUGUUAAUAAUAUAAAUUAGUUUGUAUACCGAUCUGAUUUCCAUAAUACAAACCUCGGUGCAGGGAGAGAUUUUUCUCUAGUCCAUUUGUUUUGUAUCUGUAUACUCUUAGUAUUUUCGACAUUUAUUAUCCAACAAAAUGUAUUUAAAUUGAUUAAAAAACAUAGUUUUUAAAAAACAGCGAGUUGGAAUGGUUAUUGAUUAUAUUCUCAAUCACGUAGUUUGAUUUAUUAAUUGGUGAUUUAUAGGUAUUUAUUUUAAUAUUUAAAAUGUAAUCUAAAGGUUCAGUUUUUCUAUAGUGUCCCAUGUAUACUUAUACCUAUCUAAAUGAAUGUGUAAUAGAAUACUAAAUGUGACGUUUGGAUAGUUGUUAAAAUUAUUUAUUGUGUAAUAAUACAGACUCAGUGUAGUUGUUAUGUGGCUAAUUAACACUUUACUAUACGUCUUAUAUUACUUAUUAACUGCAACAGUAUUAAUUAGUAUAGUUAUAAUGUUUCACUUUAUUAAUGAAUGCCUUUUUCGUAACAGGUAGAAAUAAUUUUUAAUAAGUAUAUUUUGUGGUAAAGGGGUUAAAUUAUAAUUAUGUAGGUUGCAACUGUACCUUAUAGUUAAUCGCAUGUCUUACAUCUAUACCGAUGUUUUCACCUUAUAAUAUCUCAAUAUCACAUGUAUGCUAUUAUUUAAAAACAAAAGACAAAUCAAGUUGUGUCUUACAAUAUAAUACCAUAGAUUAGUUAUUAUAAAUUGUAAUAUUUGUUUGAAUAUAGAUUUACGUAUUUUAAUUGAUUAAUGUCUAUGCUUAAACGUUUGUUUUUUAAAAAUAUUUUUCAGUAAUAUGUGGACUCCGAUAACGUUUACAAGUGAAAACAGCGUUCCACCUUCAAGAUCCAAGCAUAGCGCCGCUGUUCACGGUAACCACAUUUACGUGGUCGGGGGUCGAAAUGGAAAUUGGCCCCUGAAAGACAUAUGGAGAUACGCACUGUGUAAGUAUGACACGUAGUCUGAAUACAAAUCGCCUCUAAUUCCAUUUUGACGCAACGUACAACAAUCGAAUUACAAUUGCUCCCGUGAUAAAUUGCAUGUUGGAAUAAAGGGGGGUUUUGUAUGUACAUUAUCUGUUCCACUUUUAAUUAAAAAAAGAACCUUUAUUCGUAUUAAGAGAAUUUAUUAAAAAAAAAAAAUGUUUUUAUAAAAUUACUUGAUAAAUAUAUAUAUAUAUAUAUAUAUAUAUAUAUAUAUAUAUAAAGGUUUUUUUAUUGAAUCAAAAUAUAUUAUUUUAACGAUUCAAACUAUAAAAUUAAAAGCUUAAUAAACAUCUCGUUGUUGACGGUUUUAGGAUGUUGUGGUUUUGUGUGCUAUAAAAUAGUAUUACACUUUUACUCAAGUUAUAUAUAAAAUUUAAUACGUUUACAUUAAUACAUUAUAGUUUAUACGAUAUGUAUACAGUACGUGAGUACUUAUAAUAAUUAUAAUUACAAUUACUUAUAUAAUUAUAUUUUCUUUUAAAAAUUGCAUAGCCUUUGGAAAAAAAAAACCGUAUUUUGUAAAAAAAUUGACACAACUUUUAAUAAACAAAAAUAAUUAUCAUUGUUAGUAAAAAGUUUAAUGUUUUAAAAUACAUGGACAACUAUUUGGAUUAAAAUCCAGAGCUACGAGUAAUUUAAAUGUAGAUAAACACAAUUUGAAAUCAUUUGAUACAAAUACUGAAAAAUAUUGUAAUUCGAAUACAGGUACAUAUAUAUUUGAUACGGAUUAUGAGAAUUAUCAUUUUAACAAUAUUAUUUAAAAUAAUCAAUAUUGAUUCUGCCAUGCAAAAUAUAACAUAGCUCUUAGAGUUAAUAGAUUACGAUUUAUGUGCCUUUGCAUAAUAUUUGUAUUAUACCUUAUAUAUUAUAUUAUAUUAUAUAUAUCACUAUACUCCCUUUCCAUUCUAUGAAUUCCCAGCAAAUAACACAUGGGAACAGUUGCACCCGACAGGAGAUACAUUGCAGAAUUUGCAAGAACACACGGCAGUCGUUUAUCAAGACAAAUUGUACGUUUUCGGCGGAGAAGUGGGAUUUUCAUCUGCGUCUGAGUCUCCGCUGUGGUCGUACAGUAUAAAGGUAGGUAAUACAUAAUAUUAUAAUUUACGAAUGAAAACACCAAUAUAACAUCUUCGAGUAGUGCCUAUAUAAUAUUUGAAUACAGUCUUAUAGUAGGUUGGAUCAUGUAAAGGGAUAUCGUGUGUAAUGUGUAUAGUGCAUACAAUUAUUGUUGAUUUACGGUUUUAUUGUAGAGGUAAUAAUGUUGUUGGGUGCGCCACUGCCAACGAAAAAACGAUUCUGAGCGGAGUUCGGUUGAUAGUGUUGCUUUGUCAACAAUAUUAUGGUAAAAUAAUUACAUAUGCAUUAUAUAUUUUCUUUAAUAAUAUUUGUUUAAUAUUGUACCUAUAUUUUCCCGGUUUUUUCCAUUUAUUGAGAAAACUUCUGGGAAACAAAAAAUUAAUAAUAAAACGAGAAAUAAAAUAACGAUUAUAAUUUACUAACUAAUUCUAAAAUGCGUUAUAAAAAGUUCCUUGUCAUUUUUUGAUUGGAACAAGAUUUCUGGUAAUAAGGUAAAAAAAAAAACAAAUUUAAAAGUAGUAAAAUCAAUAGAUCCCUUGCUACGCUCAAAAUUUAACAAAUACGUAUAAAACUAAUGUUUAAUAUUGAAUACAAAUGGUAUAAUUGUUACCUGUACAUAAAAAUGUGAUCCAUUUUCUUACUGAAGGUUGAAUAGGUUUGACUUAGUGAUGCUAGCGAAUUGUCGUUACUUGCAUUGACGUUGAUAAAUUGCAUGUUGUUUAGUGUGAACACAUUUUAGAAUGUUGUUUAUUUCGGAAUAAAAAAAUCAUUAGUUAUAUUAUAUUUAUAAACCAUACCGAGUAAAUAAAUGACUUGAAUAAAGAAACGAAAUGCGCUGUUAAAAAUGUAAAGUUUGUUUUGGGUUUCUUUAAAAAUUUGGCCAUAAAAUUAAAGUUGAAUAGCCAACAGAUAUUUUGAAAUUUGAAAUUAUACAUUAUGGUAUAUUAGAUAUAGAUGAAAUCAUACUUUGACAAAAUAAUAUAAUAUUUAAAUUUAAGUAAAAUGAUAGAAAUUUUUAGUAAUUGAUAAACUGAAAUGUCAAUAUUUAUAUUGAAAAAUGAAAUUAAAAUUUUCUUGUUAAAAGUCUAAGGUUUGUGUUAAUUGGAUAUUAAAUAGGUAUAUGGCCCUUUUACCCCAAAAAACGCAAGUAGUAUUAUACUAAUAUCGAAUUUUUAUUUAUUAAAUAUAUUAUUACAACUGUAAACAUUUUUUAAACAUAAAUAUUUUAGGCGUUAUUUAAUUAUAACAAAAAUGGUUAAUUAGUUACAUUGGAAACAAUAAUUAAAUAUUUAAUAAAUAUUAAACUUCGUUAAAUCUUGGUCUUGGCAUAAACUUUUGCGGGGGGCCUUGGAAUUCACCUUCUCUUUGUCUAAACAUCGGUGGCCUUUGGAAUUUAGGGCCCCGGGGAAAUUCCAUUUCAGGAAUCUGAGGUGUAGAUAGUACGUCUUGUACAUCGGGUACCUUGUCACUUUUGAGUUGUAAUUGUUUAUAUAAUUCAGAUUCCAUUUUUUUUGCCUCCUCGUCAUUAAUAUCUAACAUGCCUAUUUCAUUCACAAUCUUCUGUUGGUAAUCAGAUUUUAAUUUUAUCAAAUGAAUCAUUCCCUGUUUCAUAGAUUCGUUAUUUUCUACAUAACUGACUAUAUUUUGAACCAGUUUGUCUGUAACAGUUUCGGUAUUGUUGCUCUCGUUUAUAAUUUUUAUAUCUUCUUCGAUAUCUGACAAAUCUGCCACUGACUUAGUUAAGCUCGUCAUCAUAUCACCUAAUGCGUUGGUGAGUUCAUUUUCAAGUGCAUCAGUAGUACUCGAGGAAGUAUUGAUGGUGGAUUCGACUGUACUGUCGACAGAGUCGAUUGCACCAUCGAUUGAACUAUCGAUAGAGCUACCUAUGACAUUAGUGUAUUCAGUAACAGUACUAUUGACAGAGUCGAUUGCAUUAUUGAUAGAGCUAUCUAUGGUAUUGGCGGCUUCAGUAGCAUUACUGACGAUAGAAUCGACUAUACCAUCGGCGGAGUCGAUUAUGCUAUCGGAGUUCUCUGUUGUUUCGGCGGUGGUGUCGACUGUAAUACCGUCGGAGUCUUCUGUGAUAUCGGAGGCGUUCUCUGUUGUUUCGGCGGUGGUAUCGACUGUAAUACCGUCAGAGUCUUCUGUGAUAUCGGAGGCGUUCUCUGUUGUUUCGGUGAUGUCGACUGUAGAAUCUGUAUUAUCAUCGGAGGUGUUAUCUGUUAUUUCACUGGUAGUGUUAACUGUAAUACCGGUGUCCACUAUACUAUCAGCGGUUGCGACGUCAUCUGUAAUUGUGACGGAGUCGGUAGUGCUGUUCCCUGCAGAGUUUAUUGUAUCACCAUCGAUAGUGACAGCCAAUGUAUCUUCAGCACUGACGGCGACGAAGACUAACGCUAGUAGUGCAACAGUAAAUGAUAUUAAUAAACGGUUCAUGAUGAUGAAUUUUCGGUUAAAAAUUGCAGUUAUAGUAGAACACUAGAGAACGAUUACAGAACGAAUGUUAUUGGUAAUGAAAAGUUAAGAAGUAUUUAUACGCACGCAGUAAAAGUUGACACAGAUGGUCACCGGUCUAUUGGUUGAUGGUGGUCAAACACAAAUACAUUCGAAUUAAUUUAAUGACUUUUUGAAUGUACUUAACAAUUUUUAAAGAGCAACAAUUUUUCGUCUAAUGGGUUGAAUCUUGUUUACUUAGCUGCAAAUUUAUUACACGUUUUUAAUUGGCGUCCUAAAUAUUUUAAUUACUCUUAGGUAGUGACAUAUUAUUUUUACUUUUUGCGAAAUUCGCCAUUACGGCGAAUUUUCAGUACCUAACGCCUUAUUUAAUUAUGAUGUUUAAUAUCAUUAUUUUCGAGUUAAAUUUAAUGUUUUCAUUGCUCAACAGUAUAUUAUUAAGAUUAAAUUAUAGUGUACAAUUUUAAUAUAAAUAGGACUAAAACGUGAACACAUGCUAUAUGCUUUAAAAUAUAAUAAAUAAAAUGUCAUAUUUAAAAUAUAAAAUAUGCCGCCAAUUUAAUUAACAAGCAUUAGUGUCAAGACCUUUCAACAGAAAAUAUCAUCUAAUCAAAUAUUAAUAUUACAAUAUUAUAAUAUUUUGGACAUUUUCGAAAGUUUAUGGUGUACUUUAGUACAUAAAGUACGAUAAAUGCAGUAAAACACAUCACUCUUGUUGUAAUAUAUGGUUAUGCAAAUAUUCUAAACAAAUCAUUUUGUCAUAUUAAACUAUAGCGUGUUAAUAAAGGGUACAUCUUCGUAUAACAAUAGUAUAAUGAAGGGAACCGUACUUGGGAUAAUAAUUUAAUUAUUAUGCUCCAAAACAAUAUAUUAUGACGAUGACUUAGGAGGUCGAUUUAUAUUAAAUACCUAUUAUCACAGCGAUUCUCAACCUGCAAUGCUACGCAGAAAGUUUUGUAGGUUGUACGCGAAGAAAUUUUUGUUAAGUGAAAAAAAAAGUUAUUAGUUACAAUGUAGUUCAUAAAUAAUAAUACAAACAAUGGCUGCACAAAUUUAAUUUUACUUUUGUAUAUUAAAUACUUAUAAUUAUAUUGAUUUAAUAAUAAAAAGUUCAAUACAUGUAAAAUAACAUACACGUUUUAUUUUUUUAAUAAAUAAAAAAAAAAAGCUUAAUAACCGUGUCAAAUGUCAAAAUAUGUAUAUGAAACGCGGAUAUGAAUAGGUUGAGAAUCACUGUACUAUCAUAUUAUGUACUUUAGCCGAAAAUUCCUUUCUCGGUAAAUCGAUUUUGAAAAUCAGCAAUAAUAAUAACCUUUUAUCUAUAAGUACCUUUUUUCUUUUUUGUUUACAUUUUUAUUUCAAAUUUUUCCUAUCGUCUUUUAAUAGCAAACAUCUACAUUUUUUAUCUAAAAAACUAAAAAGGUAUAUUAUAUAUCCCUUGAAGUAAAUGAAAUAUUAUCAUAUAAGAAUAAUUAUUUCUUCAACCGUUACAAUAAGGGCCCAAACUAACGUACAUUGGUAGGUGUACCUACUUCCAAUGAACGUCGUAUGCAAUAAUUUAUUAUUUUCAAUGUAAAAUUUAUUAUGAGAAUCGUGACAGAAAUUCCUUUAUCAAAAAAUCUUUGAUAAAAACUCAUGGUAUAGCUGCAAGCUACAAUUUCGUUUCAGCUAUAAAUGUAUUUACCAUCCUUCCUUAUUUUUUCACUCAUAGUUGAGUUUUUUCACUUCCUUUAGGUAAAAAGCCUGAAGCAUAAAAAAAAGUAUUCGACGACAGUUUAUUGUGGGGAAAUAAGAGUGGUUUUUUUUUUUUGCAGAGACAUCUAAUCGAUUUGCUUUUAUCCGUAGCACUUUGCACUAACAAUGCUUUAAGAUCUCGGAUACUUUGCCUGCCAUUUGAAAUUAAUGGUAAUAAUUUCUAUUAUUAUACAAUUUUGAAACUCAAAGUUGCAUACAAUUUAAUUUUAUAACAAGUAAACGUCAGUGACGAAAACUCGUAUGUAUAGGUACAUAAGUCCAUCUUGAAAUAAAAUAAUAUUUUGUUAAUACAAAGUAAAUGAAUUUAAUACAAAAUAAAACUGAUUACAUAAUAGGUAAUUUGUAAUAUUAAAAAUGUUACGUAUAUCUACUGAAAAAUAACAUUUGAUUUGAAAAGUUGAAACUUUUGAUGUUAUAUAAAAUAUAUGAUAGGUACUAAAAAUAUAUAUUACUUUUUUAAAAGUAUUGAAAAAAAUGUGUGUUGGAUGUAUAAAUUACGAAAUAGAUGUACAAUUGUUUUUAUGGCAUUUGGUCAUGAUAUUAAACAUGUAAAGCUUUCGUACGUUAAGUUUCAAAUUUUUUUAAACGUAUUCUUAACAAAAACGCUCUUUAUUUAAAAUAAUAAUUUCAUUUAAUAAUUCAUUCAUUAUUUGACUAUAGUUGGGUAUACAUUUGUUAGUUACAUAAAAAAAAAAUGUAUUAUUAUGAGUCACGUAAUAACAAAAUAUCGUAUUCUUUUCGAGUCUUUGAGAAUAUUUUUAUCGAGGAUCAUUAUUAUUUAUUCAUAAAUUUAUGAAUGUAUAGUAGGUAUGUCGUCAAACAAUAUUGUGUUAUAUCAAUAAAUAAUUGAAUAAUGGUUAAUUUUUAAAUUAGAUAAAAAAAAAAAAAAAUCAUAUUAUUAAAUUUAAAUACAUUUAGUAUUGAAAUUAUAAACUGAAAACUUCUUCGUAAACUGAUAUAUUAUUAGGUAAGGUAGGUAAUAAAAAUUAUACUUUGAUUUCGUCUGUUCGGAACUAAACUGUGUAGAUGUCUGGUUUUAUAAUUGAUUAUAUUUAAGAUUCUAAGCGUAUUGGUUUUAUUAUGACGUGUGUGUAUUUUUUAUUAUUUUUGAAAUUCUGUGUGGAGCCAAGUAACUUAUGGUUUUAGAAUCAUGUUUAUUUUUUUUUUCUGUGGACAAUUUUUAUACCAGCAGUUUUGCUCCGAUUUCCAAUGAUAACAUUUUUUCUGAAAGUAAAUCGAACUGGGCAGGUACUCAUACUUUAGGGAGGCCAUUUUUUUAUUUUCUUAGGAGUUUUCCCAAUAAAUGGGAAACAACGGGAAAAUGUGCGAAAUAUGGGUAGAGUGAAACUUCGAGAAGUCGAAAACUUUAAUGAGUCGAUAUAAAUGGCCUUCCCUUGCGAAAACCUCAGUUACUCGAAUGAAAAACUAUAAAUGACUCGAACAUGUUGUGUUUCGAAUAUAGACGGAUAUUGACAGAUAAAUUAUGUAACCAUUUUAUUGUGUUUAUUAUCGUAUUUUUAAUUUAGUUUAUUGUCACUGCAUUUGGUAUAAUCAACUCAAAAAUCAAGAAAUGUACACGAUAAAGUGUACUCUGAUCUAAUUGUAGUAGAAAAUAUUGUUAAUAAUAGCAUGUGCUUUCAAACUCUAAGCUAAAGUAAGAUAACAAAUUUUUUAUUGUAAAGUUGCAACAUUAUGCACAUUUUUUUGGUAAAAAUUGUUUAAUUUAUAUUAAUUAUUAUUUAAUCACAUUUUUUAUCAUAAUUUUUAGUAAUACAAUUUUAAAAUAAUAAUUAAUAAUAUAAAAUACACACUGUAAUUAUAUGUACAUAUAUACUAUACAAUAAUUAAAAACUAUAAUACUUACGUAAUUUUGAAAACUUAAGUCGAAUUUUUUUCCUAAAUAACUCUACGGCCCGUAUAACCUUAUGGCCUUUUUUUUUCUUGUGAACAACUUUUUUACCAGCAAUUUUGCUUCGAUCUACAAUGAUAGUAUCUUUCUGACUGGGGUGGUACUUUUAGGUUAUUUUUGAUUUUUCUAGGAGUUUUGCCAAUAAGUGGAUAAAACAUAGCAAAAACCGCAAAAAAACGGGAGAUAGGUACAAUAUUAAAAAAAAAUGUUGAAUGCACAUUUAUGUAAUUUUUUUUCUAAAAUAUGAGAUAUAUAUAUUGUUGAUCAAGCAAUACUAUCAACUGAAUUCUGCUCAGAAUCGUUCUCUUGGUUAACAAUGGUUAAUCAUUGCUUACAUAUAUACAUUAAAUUCUCGUUUUUAUCUUACUUUCCCAAUUUCUCACCUACAACAGUAGCUGCAUUCGUCCCCAUAUUGUAAGACAGCUAUUUUUGUCUGUAAACGUUUUUACCAGUAAUAUUACUACAAUAAAAAAAUAACAAGAGACCUUUUUUGUUACAUUUUAAAUCUAGUUGGUUCAUUAGAAUAGACGUUUUUUGAUUUUGAAUAAUAGUUUACGAAAUUAAUAAUGGUGUCGUUAUUUUUGGUAUUUGUUGUAAAUUGAUUAAAAAUUAUCGUAGAGACCUGCAAUUUUCACUGAAUUAUAUUAGUGGUCAAGUUUUCUAUACAUUUUGGCGAUUUGUAAUCUAUUUAUAGGUAUUUUAUAAUUGUGAGUUUUUUUACGCAAUUUAUUUUGUAGGUAUUCUGUGGAUUAAAUAAAAUAAAAUAAAAUAAUUUAAAAAUUAAAUUAAACACAAAUUGCUUAAAAUACUUGGAUAUUUAAUUCAUGGUUCAUUAUAAGUUAAGCACAAUGUUAUAAUUGUUUAAUCAUAUUUUGGUGAAAAUCAUCAAUGUAAUAUUUAAAUGUACUUCAAAACAUGUUUAACCGAAAUUUUUUCAGAAUCGUAUUUCAUUAGCAUUAGUUUAUCGUUGAUUACGGACAUAAAUUGAAUAACUUUAUGUAUCCUACAUUUCCAACUAUUUUCAUACAACAAUGGUGCUCUUAUCGGCAGUCUCAGUUUUUUUUUUGAUUUGAGUCGGUUUCAAUUUGCUUUUUGUUUGUUCAUAUAUUAUAUAUUUUAUGGAUAAUAAUUUUUAUAAUUGCAGUAAUAUAAAUUCUGUGUUUAUACAUUAUAUAUUAUAUAUAAUAUUAUAAAUCGUUAUGUACAAAAUAUAGGUAUAGAGGUACAUAAUUCAAAUAAAACACGUUAGUAUUCUACGCAUAAAAAAAAAAAAAAGAAAGAAAAAAAGAAUAUCUAAACAAUCGGAGGGAUAUUAUUUAUUUACAUAUGACGGUUCCCGCAGAAUGCUGAAUCCUUUUUACUAAGUCCUAGAAGUUUUGUUGACUAGGGUAUAUAGCUACAGAAAUCCCCAACAUUGCUUAUAUAGUCAUGAAAGCAUAAACUAUAGUUUUGAUUUAGGGGUUUCAUAAUAUUAAAAUAUUUAUAAAAUUAUUUUGGGUAGGCAUAUUUUUCAUGGCUUCAUCUUGAAUAUUUUGAACUUUGACCUUAUAUUCGUGUGUAAUGCAAAACAUGCUAUUUCUUUUAGGUUUAAAUAAACUCCAGACAAAACCACAGCAGUCGCUACUUUAUUAUUUUGUUUUAUAUUAAUUAUCUACUUAAAUGGCUUUUACUACAAGUUUUAAGAAAUGUAAAAUAAUAAAACGUUUUCUUCAAUUAUUAUUUGUUUUGCCUUGGGAAAGUGCAGCUUUUAUCGCCCAAUAAAGAUGUAUUAACAGUGACAACCACACACUGACUUUAAAUGAUUGGUGUGUUCUAGACUUCCAGGUUGAGGGUUAGGUGAUGGGUUAAUAAUUUACCUCAAUAAAAAAUCAUUAUUAAGAAAUAACCAAUUAAUGAUUUUUUAGAAGUUCAACAUUUAAAAAAAAAUAUUUUUGAAAAUUAUUGAACGCUCUGAUAUUUGAUUAUGAUUAAUUAAAUUAAAUUAAAUUAAAUUAUUGAUUAUGAUUAUUAUUAGAUAUAUAUUUUUAUAUAUUGUUUUAAGGACACAUAAUAUAAUAUUAAUAUUACUAGUUGAAAUGUAUCUAUUUUUUUUGCCCAAAAAUGUAUUACCCGUUUUAUUAUUAUCGUAUAGAUAAAUUAUGUCUAUAAACUUUAUUUAGUUAUUUACUAUCUUAUUAAUUAUUAUUAAUACAUACACUCAUAUUAUCUCCUUCCGAAACUAUUUAAUAAGCCAUAAUUAUGAAUUAUUGACCUUAUCAUUUUUUCAAAUGAAAAUCAUUGUAAUUAGUGCAACUAUAGUGAAUUUCUUGCAAUAAAAUUCCAGUUUGGUUCCGAUCGAACACAUUUAAGAUAAUAAGGGUGCCAGGCUAACGUUAGUCUAGCUCUCGGAAAACAAAAAUGGAUUAUCUGGACUUUGUAGGGCGGUUACAAAUUUAGGACAAACACAUUGGUUUGGUAAUCAAAUUCCAAAAGUGCUGGUGUCAGGCUAACGGACCAAUUUCAAGGAGAUCGUUUCGGUUCAAAGUUAAUUUUUCAAAGACAUUUUUUCGAUAUAGUUUUUUUAAAUCAUUUAAAUUGGGGCUCUGACUUUAAUGCACCUAUAUUAUACACGCAGACUGUGCAGUCAUUACAUAAGCUGGCACCUGUAUAAUAUUAUGCUUCGUCGUAUUAUUUACGCCUGGUGGUCAUUUCUUCGCGUUCUCCUUCUUCUUCUCCUCCUCCAGCCCGUCUGGGAAUCAUAACGCAUCCGGGAACUCUCUAAUUGCUCCACGGAACGACAUUGCCUCGCCCGUCCCGUGUUUUUCUAACGAAACCGCGAACGUCAUGCUACCGCCGCCUACGACGCGCUGUAUAAAGCACAGUCCACCGGACCGACAACAGUCCUUUUAAUUUGACCCUGCGGGUGAAAUAUACGUAUGCCUGCACCGGGGCUCCCCCUAUAUUUUGAUGUCGCUUUUCGGAGGGCGUUUCAUUUGCAGCAGAGAGAGAGAGAAAGAGAGAACCCGCGGGAAAGACGCGAUUCGUUUUUAUUCCCCGGAGGGAUACAGACACGUGUGUGUUUGUGUGUGUGUGUGUGUGUGUGCGUUUUCGCGAGGGGUGACGGUUGUUUUAUUCGACUGGGUGUGCACUAACGCGUAUACCUAUACAACACAAUAUACCUAUAUAUAAGACGCGAUAAAAGCCUGCGACAUUGGCUUCGCGUCAAAACUUCCGCGGUAGCACAGAGCGUAUUAUAUACCUAUAUAUAAUGUGUGUCUACGAAGUACGUGCAGAAUUAGGCGGCAGCGGCUCGCACGCGGAAAACAAGAGGAAAAAAAGAAAAAAGUCGAUCGUUCGUCCGAUAAAAGUGCCGAGACUAUAAUCCAAUUUCUUCUAUACUAAACGAGAGUCGGCGGGCUUCGGGGCACGUACUAUUACGGAAGCGGCGCCGUUGUUUUCUUUUGUUUUUGAUUGAUCGCGGGCGACGCCGGCUGCGAACGGCGGGCGACGAGAAUUAUAUUAUUAUUUUCUUGUCCGACGUGCGUUUUACGUACACGUCGGCGAUAUAAUGAAUGAGUGGCGUUAGCGUAUACAGCGACGGUGGCCGCGGGGGGAUGGGGGGGGUAGAGAAGGCGGCGGGAAAAUCUUCGGAAAUCCGUUUAAAUCAGUAUUCUCCUCGCCGCCGCCGUAUAUUCGUUUUACUCGGCGUCGUCGUCGUCGGCAUAAUAUUAUUGCCCGGGGAUUAUAAGUAUACGCGUAUUUUAUUAUACGCAUUCACCCUCUAUAUUUUGUUUGUCCAAUUUAUUACAAUAUUUUUCGUAACAUAAUAUUAUGUUAAUCCCAUGUUCCUAUAUCCUAUAAUAUUGCGUUAUUAUAAUAAUAUAAUAUUGUCGUUCUGCCCGCGCAGUUAUUCGCAGUGAUUAGAUUAUAACAGUUUAAUAUUUUGCUGCUCCACGCUAUCAAACAAAUAAGGCAUAAUAGGUGUAUAAUAAUAUUAUCGUAAAAUUCCUUCAGUUUUUUUUUUCCUUAGGUAAUUGGCGAUUGUGGAACGUUCUCGCGACUUACCUUUUGUCGGAUUUUCUUCGAAAAUAGAAACCAUUUCACACUAUCGCGUCGUUCCUCCUCACCCCCUUUGAUACUUUUGGACACUCUGACAAUGGCACCCUCUGGACCAAAUGCUCGAACUCGAGAAUUAGAGUUUUUUUAUAGGCAGUUUUUAGUGAUAACAUUUUGGUUGGAUUUCAGCGUGAAUUUCAUCAUUUUGUUUGCCGGAGGAAGGUGAUUUUUUUCAGCUCUGUACCUUCAUUCCCUAUACAGAUUACGCGAAAGAAGACAAACGAUGACAUUUGGCUUGAUACUGUGCAUACACAGUAUCAAGGUUGUGUUUUUGGGGGGUUUCAACUUUCAACUUUAUCGUCUACAAGUUCUUUGGUCAAAUUUCAUAUUUUUUAGGAACAUCGGCGUUUUAAAUACCCACCUACUGACUAAAUUGUAAUUGUAAAACUCUGUCAACCGUAAUUAUUUUAGGUCAAUUAUUAAAAAAAAAAUGAAAUAUCGUAACGGUAACAAGUUCGCUGAGGAAAAAUUCGACUUUAGUGAUUGAGUUAUGUUGUUCAUGGUUGGAUUUCUAAUGUCGAGCGUAAGGGUUGCAUUAAAUAAAAAAAUAAAAAAAUAUUUAAAAUGAAAAUUAUUAGAAUAUUGAAUUUAAAAAAAGGGAAUUGGCCGUAGAUUUUGUUGUUUUAAAUGUUUAAAUUUUGAAUUUUAUAAUUAAUAAGUAGGUACAUAUUGUUUUAAAUUUGAAUGUGAUAGAUGGAAGUAUAAAAACACAUACAGACACACACAUAGAUCAUGGAGUGUGUUUUCACCUUGUUUUUCAGUACAUUACACCAUCUCCUGCAUAUUGCGUACUGGGAAAUUCGAUAAAUGCACCAGAUGUACCACUCUAAAACACCAUCUGUGUUUAAUUUCCCGCCUAUAAAGUUUCUAUAUAAAACUUUUUGAACAUUUAACCAAAAAUGUAGCUAUAUAAAAGUGGUAUUUGAAAAAAAUGUUCAAGGGAAUAAAUAUAAAUGAAAAACUUUUCAUUGUACAACUAUUAUAAUAAUGGUUUCUUCUCAUCACUGUCUCUCCAAUUUCAAACAAAUAAAAGAUCAUUUAAUAAAUAGAAUACAUACGCUUUACUCAAUUUCACAGAUAAUUUAAUACAUUACAUAAUAUAUACUAUGAUAUUAAUUAAUACUAAUAUUUAAAAUUAAUCGAAAAUACCGAACUUAUUAAACGAUUACAUAUCGUAUAUCAGUUUGUCUCAACUUAUUUUACGCUACUCUUGUAGAUUUUCAAAACUCUCAUAUCUGCCCCUAUUAAUUAAAAAUAUGACAUAAAAUUUUUUUUAAUUUUAGAUAUGCUAAAUUUGCACAUUUUAUAAUUUAUUCUUAGAAUUUCAUCGUUACUAUAUUACUCUUCCUCUCCUUCCCCCACAGUUCCUCAAUUAUUCUCUACGGAGGCAUUUUCCCUCCAUUGGGAAAUACUGUCAUACAUCCACCUUGCCCGGUGUGCCAGUUGAACCUCGUGGUCUUUGACUGGAGGAGGAGCAAAUAUUCAUUAAUGCAAUUAACUUAACUUUACCGAGGAGGUAUAUUCCUCAAGUAAAAUGUUACCACGUGGGAUUCAAUAUCACGGGGUUUAUUUUCCGUAGUUACACCGGUCUGUCUUCACUUUCCGUUCGUCUUUACUGCUAGCUAUUUAUUUAAUAUUUUAUUUCGUUUUCGGAUUCACGUAUGCGGUCGAUUUAACACAAAUACGGCAAUAAACAUAGAACUUGACCGUAUUCCGAAUACGUGAACCCACUGUAAUAUUCCAGUCGUCAAUCCCAAAUAGGUCGAUUAGAUUCAUAUUAUAUAUGAGUACUGUGUAGGUAUUCGAUUUGUGUCUGCGGUUUUGCUAUAAAAAAGGUUAUACAUACGACUGACAACCCCGAUUAUUCGCGAAGUAACGAAUAUUUGUUUCAAUAUAACUUACACAGUAUCAAGGGCGUAUACAGAAGGGAGAAAUAUGGGAAUUUGAUCCUUCCUAUUAUCUUUUUUUAAUUCUAAAAUUUGAAUACAUAGUUCAGUAUUAAAUUUAAUUAAGGGAGCAUUUUUUUUCAUGUAAGAUAUUAUGAAGUUUCUUACUAUUUGCUGAUUGUUUAUAUAAUUUUGUUUUUGGUUUUAAUUGAAAAAUGCAAUACGAAAUUAAAACGUAUUUAUAAUUAUUGCAAAAAAAAAAUAUAUAUAUAUAUAUAAUAAUAAACGCUUCUAAUAUAUGUGAGGGUUGCGAGAAAAUGGUAAGAAUUUGUCCUUGAUGGGGUCGAGGAAACACCAAUCAUCUGAUGAUGAUGACUCGAUGAAUCAAUGAUGAUUCGUUUCAUCGUAAAAGUUCAACAAACAAGUUGAAACAUUAUUUAUCAUUUUUUAAAUAAUUUUAAUUUUAAGAUUCUAAUUUUAUUCUCGGGACAUUCGCUUAUAAAAUUUAUUGGAUCAAGUUUAAGAGUAAUUUUUCAAAAAACAAGUCAGAUACUGUUGAUGGGUAUAUAUCAUAUAUUUAUGGAGUAAUUUAAUUUAUAUUUGUUUGAAAUGAUAACUUAUCACUAUAAUGAAAAACGAUUAUGAUAAGAGUUUUAUUAGUCUUUUUUUUUCCUCUUGUCAAUAUAAUACAACAAUUAACAAAAAUUACACAAUAAAUGAUCAUUAUAUUCCUAUUAGUUUUUGAUAACUACAAGGAAAACUAAAAAUAACCUUCCAAAUGCGUAAGGUUUCUGGUAAAAAAGUUGUUAACACACACACACACACGCUCACAUAUAUACAAAAACACUUAGAAUGUAUAACGUAAUAUGUACCAUUAUCUUUUUAUGUAUAGCCGUUCAGUUAAAAAAAAAAAUAAUAACAACAAUACACCAAUCGAGUAUAUUACAUGUAGAUAUUUUAUCUUAAAUGGGUAGAUUAAAAAAAAAAAAAUAUUAAAGUAUUACAGCUUUGAGUUAGUGUGCAAUAUAUAUACACAUAAAUUACAGCUUUACGUUUUUGAGGUGCUUACACAUUUUGAACGUCAUAAAAUGAAAUGGUAUUUAUUAAUAAACGCACCCUCGUAAUGUCGCUGCAACUGCUGCGUGAUGCCCAUUUUGAGGGGGGACGUUAUUAUAAUGCUGGUUGGCGGUAGUUUUACCGUGUGGACGAGGGAAACGUCGGUAUUUACAUCGACUCUUUCAGAACAUUAAACCGCAGCGAGUAUUAUAUAUUAACCAACACUCCGUAACGUCGUCGGUAAAGUUGACGGGCCUUGUGGAGUAGAGGGUUGUAAUGGAAAUAAUAAUAAUAAUAAUAAUAAUAAUAAUAAUAAUAUUAAUAAUUUAUUAUGUUUUGUAUGAAAAUUGUAUUUAUUUUCGCGUGUUUCCUGUAUAUAUUUAUAUUAUAGGAGAACCAAUGGAAAAAAGUGAAAGGAAAAUCCGGUUCGAACGUUCCCAGAGGCAGGAGAGGUCACACCGCGUUGGUGUACAGAAAUUCAAUGAUCAUUUACGGCGGAUACAGGGAUCUAAAAGGAUCAACAAACGAAAUGUGGGCUUAUCACUUCGGUAAUUAUAUUGAAAUCAUUUUUUUUUUUUUUUUUUUUAAUGUUUCAUGUUAUUCUAAUUUGUAUUAUCUUUUUACGUGGAGCUUUAAAAGUAACGAAUUAAAUAUUAAAAACUAGCGAGUAAUUUUUUUUAUUUACUAAAACACAAAAUAUUUACAGAGCCGGACUUGGUAAUUUUUCUCCCCUAUAUAUGCAUAUAUAUAAAGAGAGAGGCACUAUAAAUCUAGCGUCCCUUUUUGUAAUAUCAAUUUAUAUUUAAUUAGAUAUUUCAAAAAAAACAAAAACUGUCGUAUCACCAUAAAUUUUGCUCCAAAUAAUAUUAAGUGCCAAAAAAAAAAAAACAAUCUACGAGUCAUGUCCUCGAGCAUUUUGUGCCUCUGCAGACCCGAACCUCAUAUAUUAUAACUUAUUUUUAUGUUUGAAUACAGCUAUAUUUUUUUAAAAUAAAAUAGUGUAAGAGAUUAAAAAACAACGAAGUUUGAAAACUAUUCGAAAUUAAUAAUUAUAAUUUGUAUCGAAUUAAAUACAAGCAGUUUUCGAAUUGUCGUAAUAAACUGAGUACUGUUAUAUUUUUAACAUCGUUGUUUUUAAAUUAUCAGUUUAUUUUUUUUCCGGGAACCGGAAUAAUUAUAAUAUUAUGAUAUUAAACUAUAAUACAUUAGUAAAUUACCUGUUAUACUAUUAUUAUGUACGUGCGAUUGCGUGAACGACGAGUGUAUAAUUUAUCGGCAAGAGUUAAAUAAUAAAACGAUUAAAAGGUCUGUAUUAAAACCAGUCGCGUACGUAGGGGAAUAAGUCAGGAGUUAGGCCCUCAUUGGCUUAAAAAUAUUGAAAAAAUUCUUACAAUUUCAUUUCAAUUUUGUAAAAUUUUUACGAUUCGGGUUUUAAAAUACCAAUUCCCGUAGUCGGGUUGGGUAGAGAAAAACGGUUUCAUGAUUCUUAUUUGCUACACCCCCACCCCCCUAUCGAAUUGAAAAUUCCUGGGCAUGCCACUGAUUAAAGUGCUAAUAUUGUGUUUCUGUUUUAGAUACCGAAUCGUGGCAUUUACUCUCGCAGGGAAGAGUAUUACCACCGGCUAGACACAAACAUUCAGCGGUGAUACACGACGACGUUAUGUGGGUGUACGGCGGCAUGACCGAUUUAAACGAGAGGUCGGAUUUGUGGCGAUUCGAUUUCGGUUAGUAUAUGCGGCUAUGAUACCCGUCUCAUAUAUGUACGUACAAUAUAAUGCGUUUAUUUGAACACGUUUGCGCUUUUCACUCGCGAAUUAUUAUAUUGUUGUCAGUUGUAACGUGUCAUUUUUUUUUUUUUUAAUCCAAUAUUGAUUUUAUCCGUUAUUAUAAUUAGGUACUCAAAUUACGGUGUACAUAUUCUGCGAACCAUUAAUUUAAACACAGCCAUGUGCUACGUAAUAAUAUUUGUUUCAGUGAAGAAAAAAUGGAACAUUAUUAAGAUGAAAGUAAGCCCGGGACCGUUGCACGGCCACAGUGCUUCUAAAGUGAUGGGUUCCAUGAUUAUUUUUGGCGGGAAAAAAGGAGGACAAAUAAGCAAUGACCUGUGGAAGUUUUAUUUCGGUAAUGAUAAUAAAUAUUCGUGAAGGCACUAAACAAAUACUUUACUAUUAGACAUUUGGAAUUAAAAAAAAUUCAAAUAAACACGAGUCAUAUACCUAUGAAAAAUGUCAAAAGUUUUGAGUUAUUAUUUUCCAUUUUAAAACUUAUAUAAUAUCGUUAAAACACGAUACGAAUUACACGUACCUACAAUAAAUAUAUCGAAUACAAUUCUUAUACUUGUAGAAACGAAUAACAAAAGUGUUUCAUAAACUUACGAGUGUAUAUAUGUAUACCUAUGUAUAAUUUCACGGGGAUAAAUUUAACUUUAACUUGAACUUUAUAUUAAGUAGACUUCUCGUACAGAUAUAGUUAGUGAUUUAUUUGACGUGGAGGAGGGAGACUGCUUCUUUUUAUUUUUUAUUAUUUCAAAGUGUUUCGUCUAUAAUUUGGAAUAAAAUUGUAAAUCGUUGACAACUGAAAAUCGUUAAUACAAUUUGUUCUGAAUUUUUAUUUUCUCUUUACGCAGGUGCCGAGACCUGGGAAAAAGUGCACACCACUUAUCCUCAGCCGCCUGCUAUCUGCGAGGCGGUGUCGCUGACGGUGUCGGAAACCACGACUACAACAACGAGCUCUAAAAGCAGCCGGGAAAAUGGUGUGCAGUCACCGAUUGUGGUUCGGCGGUCCAGAGGCGGACGGUCUGUGGACAGGCAGUACAGCUCCGGAAGCGGCAGUAGUGACCGCAACGAACACGGCAUCCACCAGUGGCAGACGCACCAGUCCAGGCCCGAAUCCAGGGCGUCGUCGUCUGGUGGCUCGAACGUGAAUAUCCUGAAGGAGAUAUCGAAGCUGUCGCAACUCAACCUGUACAGAUUGGCGCACAACAAGACGUAUAGCGUUCUGAGCAGUACGGACAGCGUUGUGUCGGCAGACGCUUCGACGCAGCAGCAGAUGCAACAGAACAUGGUCAAGUCACAAUCGGCCAACGUGAUCGCCAGGUCGCUGAUAUCGCCGGCGGUGUCGAACGCGUCGCCGCCCGGCUGCAAGACUUCGUUCCCGAUGUGCAGAAUGCCAAGGGACCCGAUGUCCGUACCAAACUUUGGCGUGGCUCUCACCCCGGUCGAAGCCACCAAGCUCGUGUACCUAGAGGGCGAGGAGGCGCCCAGUCCGCGCGUCGAGAUCGACUGCAACGACUUCGGGUCCGUGCACAUGCGGUUCCAACCGAACGCCCUGACGUCCCUCAACAAAACCAUCAACCGGCGCAGUUACCCGAUGACCAGCUCGGCGUCCGCCCGAUUCGGCAACCCGUACAGCACGCCCGAAGAACCGGGCGAAAUCACUUCCGGUUACGUAAGCAUCGAGACGGUGCACCAGUCGCCGAACGCCGACGGGCCCAUCAGUUUCUCCAACCCCAACUACAUGGUGGCCGACAUACAGAACGCCAUUUCCAAAGGUAAAUUUCAGUAUAUUUUUCCGCGUAGGUAUACACCGCGAUUUAUAUGACUAUCUAUUUUUAAAUUAAAAUGUCUUUACUUUAUAGUCAGGGAAAUCAAUAAUUCAACGUGUUGUUAUUUACAGUAAAUCUAUACAAAAAUAUAAUCCGAACUUAUACAUUUUCUUCUUUGAAAAUGAAACCUGUUUCCGAACCACUAGAUAAUAUGAAGGAGGUUGUAGAUUAGUAGUACUUACCUGGUAAAUAAAUUAAUAAUAAUUACUUAUCUGUGUUUACCUUAUUAGUUAUUUGAUUUAAAUGAUAAUAUUACAAGGCAGGCUGAAUUUUUUUUAUGAUAAAUACUUAUAAAAACGUAUAAAUUAAAAAUCGAUAUAAUUUUUUUUUUGCCCGGGUACACGUUUUACAGAACGACACAAUUUUCAAUUUCGAUAGAUCUCUUCUUGUCAAAAUUGUGAAUACGUCACUGUUUUUAUAACGUGUAAAAUGUAUAGCAUAGUUGUAUCAUAUGUCGUUUGUAUAACACAGUCAUUUUACGACCAAAGUAUGUUUUACGCUUAUUAGUAUUUACGAGUACACUAUAAAUUCUGUAUAAACUCGUAUAAAAUUCCAUUUAAAUUCGAAUAAAUAUAUUAUGUGUACUUUAUGUUUCAUUUUUGCGACACGUUAGUCGCCACCGUUCGAUAUUAUUUGAAGUGUGGUCCACUUUAAAUUGUAUUUCUUCAUAUAGCCUGAUAAUUGCAAUUAAUUUUUAUUAAACCGUUAAAAAUACGAUUUUUGCACUCAAAUUGAAAUGUAUACGACUUCUAUAAACACAUUAAUAAAAAAAAAAAAUAAAAAAAUCGUCGAUACUGCUGUUGGAUGUGCCACUUUUAUGUAAAAGGGAAGUUAUUUUUAUCUGCAAGCAACUUUUGACUUUGUUAAUAAAUUAUUAUCACUUAAAUCGAACAAAAUUAAGUACACGAAAUGACGUGAUUUUUACGAUUAUCGUUAACGUUUGAACUUUAAAAGCGUAUAUAAAAAAAAACCAAGUUUCGCUAAACUUUUUUUUUUUGACAACUAAGUACAACUGAUGAUGUUAAACCUAGUGUAAAAUUUUUAAACAUUUCUGCUCGACCGAAACAAUUUUGUCCACAUAAAACUAAAAAUAUAUGGAAAAAGUGCCUAUAUAAAACUUAAAAAUCGCUAGAAUGUUUUGAACUUUUCCUAUGUAAAGAUCAAUACUAAAGUAUUAAAGUAUAAAGUAUUCAAUUGAAAUGUCUGGAUGUUACAAUUAUUUUAGACAGAAUUACGAAAAAAAAAAAAAAAAAAAAAUCAAAAAUUUUGUAAUGCCGUAAAGUUUCCGGGAUUUUUCUAUACGUUUUUCCGGUUCCCUAGUUAUUAUGAAAACUAAUAAGGAAACUAUAAAAUAAUCUUCUAAUUGCACCAAUCAGAUCCAAAGCUACAAAAACGUUUUUUUUGUCAUUUAUGGAUUGAAAUAAAAUUUCUGGUAUACAAAUUGUUCAAGCACAAAAAAAAAAGACGGACAUCAUAUUAUUACUCCGCAUGAUGGGUGGGCCUUCGUUUUAGGUGAGACGUUAAAAAGGUAGGAUGUAAAGGGGAAUUUAAUUUAUACCUGUAGACAACGAUAAACCAAUGCUAACGAAAAACAAUUGCGAACGAAAUUUCUUUUAUAUACGUGUACAUAAAUUUUCCCGCUUUUCCUAGGUUUAUUCGCGGUUUUUCACUAUUAUUAUAAAAACCGCUUGAAAAAUCAAAAAAUGACCACUUGAAAUUCGGAGCAAGAUUUCCGGGGGAAAAUUUGUUCAUGGAUCGUCACCGUCGUGCUAAAAAUGACUAAAAAUGAUUUAAAUUUUUUAAAAAAUUUAAAAUUAAGAUUUUAUUCUAUUUCGAUUUUAAUUUAGAAUUAUGUGUUUAGCGGUUCGCAGAACUAUCUAAUGAACUGUACGAUAUUGCUUUGACCAUUUUUUGUGUAUAUAGGGCCGAAAUAAUAAGAUAAUUAUCUAUACGUACAAAUUUGUUCACUCGGUCAUUUUUCGCCCGGUGGUGACGACACAUAAUAUAUAUCCAAAAUAACCAUGUUUAAAAAAUAGUCAACAAACAAUGUAACCAAUAUGCAUAUCGUCUAUAAUUAUUUUAUAUAACAUAAAUAUAUUAUGAGGUCGUAAUUUUUUUUCUUUAGGCUUUACGAGCCAUUUAUGUAAGUGCUCUUCGUUGCCAUAACGAUACAUAACUAGGUACGAUGCUAAUUCCCAUUCAGCUCCGAUGUCCUCUUAUAGCCCCCGAAUUCUUUAAAUAGAAACAAUACAAUAGGACAGAUAAAAAAUAUUCAAAUGCGUAGCAUUUUGAAUUCAUUUAAUAAGUGUUACAAUUGAAUUAAUUUUUUUUUUAAACAGGUUGAUUUUUCUUUUGAAUAAAAAGUAAUGCGUUUGACGUGCAUAUACACAUUGUGCAGGAUUAAAACCGUGGUAUAUUUUCUCAAAACUUUAAGCAAUAACAAUAAACGAUAAAAAAGCAUGAUACGACGAACGAAAGGGUGUCAUGUUCCCGUCGUAACACCCCUCUCGAAACGUUACUGGGUAUGGAUGCUAUGCAUACGUUUCGGAUGCUAUAGUAAAAAAAAAAACAAAUUAUUAUAACGGCAGAAAAUAUUCAAAAUGCCCCUGGGCGAUAACAAAAAACGACUACUACCCCUGCGAUGAACUAAUAUUACCGUCGAUCAAAAACGUAGACGACCCAUUCCGCGGACCGUAUAAGGCCGCAAAGGCCUGAGAAAUAUUUUCCGUGUCGAGGGGUGAAAAUAUUGUGGACAUAAAUCAAGCCGAACUGUACAUAAAUUCACUGAGAAAAAAACGUUAUUUUUAUUUUUAAAAAAAAUAUAUAUUUUUUUCUCGGGGAAGAAAUAUCCUACUUGGGUGGAGGGGUGGAGAAAUGUCCGCUCUACUCACUAUACGAUAAUAAUAUUGAGUAGGCUAGAAUUAUAAUUCGCAUAUUCCAAAAAAAUAAAAAAAUAAUGGUGAGUUAGCGAUUCUGUUUUAUAGGAGUUUUAAAGGUGAAUUCUGUAAUCAGUUUGUUUCAAAACGCACAGGUCAAAUAGGUCUAAAUUUCACCGGAAUGUAGCGGUUUGUGUGAAAACCGACGAGUUCCAUUAGAUUAUGUGUUUUCUUACUGAAUACUGUUUAACCUGCGUCAAAAAUAACGCGAUCUACAUUAUGAAAAACUCACAUAUUCCAUUUCGACUAUUAUCACAACUCAGAUGUUCCGUAUACGUUAUAGAGUUAAAACUCGCAUAUUCUUAACUUCGACCUCAAACAAAAUAUUAUAGAUAAACACCAAAAUUUUAAUUUUUGAUGGCAGUUUGGAAUUGCUUAGUCUAUAAAUUACCUAAGAAAUGCAUUUUGGAUUUCUCCAUUGUACAGAAAUCCGCUAUCUCAGUGUUUUUUUUUUUUUUUUUUGGUUUUCUGAAAAAUGUGAGUUGAUUUCAGCCUAUUCAAUAAUUAAUCAUUUUUUUGACGUGCUGAUUUUUGUGUGCGCAGGCGAUUACGUCAAGCUCAACAGUCCGCCGGACAGCCUGCUGGAGGACGACAACGGCAGCUCGUUCGAAAUGCGCGAGAUGAAUAGACCGGCGCCGCCCAAGACGCUCGCGCUCAACUCGUCUACGGCGUUCAAUUCGUCGAGUUCGGACGUCCGAUCCUCGACGAAAAUGACUCGGGCCGCGAGCGCCGGACGGGCCGCGGCCGUGAGUCGUCCCACCACCGCCGUCGUCGAAAAGCGGUACGUAUCUAUUAUAUACGUGUAUAAUCGUAAAAUCGGUAGUAUUUUUACAGUUUGCACCUUAUUGAUGACAAUAUUUUACUUUUUUCUAUUACUUCUUAUAUUAUUCUGUACGGCUAUACUUUAUUACUAAACAGUGUGAUUAUUAUGAGGAUGAGAAGACAGAAUAAGGAAUGAGUACAUAGAGGUAGCAUAAGUGUGGUUUCGGUAGUAGAUAAAAUGGGAGAAUGUACACUGAUAUGGUUUGGGUAUGCCGUGAGAAGAGAGGAAUCUGAAACAGUAAGCAUUGUAAUGAUAAUGAAUAUAGGAAAAAGAGGGAAAAAGGAAGUCCGAAAAAUAAGGUGGUUUGAUGUGAUAGAGAAUUAUAUGAGAAAAGCCGAUAUAUGCGAAGUGGGAGAUCUGAUUAAGUGGAAGUUAAUAACAAGGGUGGCCAACUCUUAAUAGUUGGGAUGAAGGUGAAGGAGAAGUAGUAGAAGAAGAAGAAGAAGAAGAAGAGUGUAAUCAUUAUAAGGUACAUUAAAUAUUUCCACUAAUUGAUCUUGGAUUGAAAUAGGUUCACUUAAAAAAAGGGUUUCAAAAUCUAUAUUUAUCUAAAAAAUCACGAUAUCUAUAUAUAGCCAUUUAAAAUAAAGUAAAAAUUAUUUUGAAUUAUUCUCGAUUUUUCAACAAAUUUUACAUUUUAAAUCACAUGUGCAAGAAAAAUAAACAUAAUUGACUACUGUUUCAUGGGAAAAAAAUUGUAUGUAAUUAUAUAUAACAUAAUUGUACAUUUGUUGAAAAUAUCUGUUAAUGAACUUUAAAUGGCUUAUCUCAGCCCUCUAGUAAUUUUUGUGAUAAAAAAAUAUGUAUAGAUCCAAUUGGCAUUUAGAAAAAAAUAAGACUAUUCCAGUCUGAUAUCAAAAAUAGGAGUUCCCAUUAAAGAAAAUGUUAAAUAUUUUCAAAAUGUGUAUUCUAAUAUACCUCCCUCCCUAUCGCUUGUGCUCAUCAUCGUUUUUACUCAUCACAUUGUGUGUUAUAAAUUUUUAUUAAUUGAUUGUUUUCAUUUAAUGUGCAGUAUCAAAGAGUACACGGUGUAUUUGCUGGGUGGCACCGAACGGGACGGUUCCGUUACCGUGUUCAAGAAACCGAUGACCGUUUGGAAGCUAAGCAUGUACUACAGGAACGUACAGUGAUGAAAACUCGAUUCGAUAUCGUGUUGUAUUAUGUGCCUACUGUUAUUACUACCUAUUUUAUUUUUUAUUAUUAUUAUUGUAUUUGUGUAUAUGUGUGUCAGUGAAAUGUCAAGCAUAUUAAUUCGAACUCUUACCAAAGUUUUAAAAAAUGUUCACUCUACACCCUUUCCCGUUUCACAUAUUUCUAGGGUUAAGAAAUUGUAUUAUAAUCUAACGUCGAUCACCACGCUACUGGUCUAUGUGUGUGUGUGUGUGUGUGUGUGUGUGUUUGUGUGUUUGUGUGUUUGUGUGUGUGUGUGUGAAAAAAAUCGUACCUAAUUCUACUUAACUUAACCCGGACCUUAAUAUCAUGAUUAUAGAUAUUAUGGUUGCUCAACGACCAAGGAAUAAGUGACUCCCAUAAAUCAGAAGGUCUCCAGCCAGUGCUUUUGUGACGGUAUUAGAUAAAGUCGAGUAGAGAAAUGCCUCACUUUUAGUAUCAUACUUGUAAAAUAUAAAAACACUUUUUGGCGAUUCUAUUAUGGCCGUUCAGUUGUUGAGCAACCUUAGUAUAAUAUAAAAUAAUCGAGCUUGGUACAUAUAAGUAGUUAUUCUUCCUACAACAUUUAAUUCCUCCCUGAUUCUUGUUUUAGUACAUUAAUUAAUUAAAUUUUAAAUACUGGCUUCUUAUCAGUUAACCCAACCUACCUACUAAUAAGUAAUAACUAUACCUAUAGAACUUAGGUAUCUAAUAUUUAACAAUAUUGUUUACAAAAAAAGAGUUACAUCAAAUUUAUAAAUAUGACAUCUUUAAUUAUUAUGCAUUAUAUUUACAAAUGCAAAUACUAAUAAUAUAUAAUAAUAUGUGACAUGUGUAGAUGUAGGCACUGACAUGGCUACAUACUUAAAUAUUUAAUAUUCUUAAAUGUAACAAUAUUCUGUAUAUGUACUGAACAAAUGUGCCAAUAAUCAAAAGUUUGACUCAUAAUUUUAAUAUUUAUAAAUAACAAUAACUAAUAUUUUAACACCUAUAUACAAACAUAUGUAGAGAAAAAAAUAUUGGUAUAAAAUUUGUUGUGCCAUAAUGUAUCGUUUGGUUGAAAUUAUAAUAUUAAGUAUAACACCAAGCUAUAAAGUUAUUUUUGUACUGUACAACAUUUUCUUUCCAACAGAGACUAUAAAAUCCUGCCAUUUUGAUCUUUCGUGAAAAAUGAAAUAUAGGUACUUAAUAUAUCUACAUGAUAAAAAAAUGAUUUAGUUAUUUAAGUAAAAUAUUGAUUCUUUUGUUUGUGGUGAUAUUAAUCGAUUAAAAUAUUAUAUUACGUAUAUAGGAUGUUCACGAUUUAAAUUCUAUUUUAGUACUGUUUUCCGAGCCAAAUUUAAAUAUUUAUUUGAUUAUGUAAAUUGUUUUAUUACAUACGGUUAAAUAAUUGGAAAGACAAAAAAUAAAAAUAAAAAUCUAUUAUCAAUGUUUAAUAAUAAUAAAUAUUGAAAAAUAUUGAAAUAGUUAAUCAUCAUUAUACUUAGUGCUUACAGUUGCAUAUUAAUUUUUUUCACUGAUUUUAAAGUACCUAAUUUCCUAGGUGAUUAUUAAAUAUCAUCAUUAUGAGAAAAUAACCAAACUAAAAUACAAUACAGUCAACCAAUUUUUAACGAAAAUAAUAUACAUUUUUAUUCAUUUUUAUCUUUUAGUGUGAUUUUGUUUAGUAGAUUUUACUUUACUUUAAUACAAACUAAUUUAUCAAAUAGUUCUUGUUUUUACUAUAAUACAACUUAACACUAAAGUAAUGUGUAUUAAUAUUUAUUUUUUUAUUGCUUGUAAUUAUACCUUAUAUUAUUAUUGUUUGCAUUUUAGGUAUAGUCUCUUUAGAACUUACUAUUCUAUUUUUACAUAAUAAUAUAACUGUCAAAUACAAAACAUCAAAAUUCUACUUACAUUGUUUGUAUUUGCACUUUUUUAUUUUUAUAUAGUGCUGUGUUAUUUUUUAAAAAGUGCAACAUACCUAAUUAACUAGGUCAAGUCAAAAUAAGAAUACCCGAGUAAAUGUAAAAUGAGUAGUCUUUGUGUAAUAAUUUUAUUUAAAAUAUUUUUUUUAUGUAUUUAUAUAGUAAAAUAUUAAAUAAGUAUAAGACUUAUUAUUAAGCAAUGUAUUGAUCAAGUGUUCUCAAAUUUAUUUAAUCGUGAAUUAAUUUUGAGUAAUUUUUAUAUUUUAUUAUUUUUAAUAUAUUUUAUGUUUGUAUUAAUUAUUUUGAAUUACCUAAGUAUUUUAAUAUUUUCUACAGUAUUACCAAAAUUACAAACCUAGAUUACCAAAAUACUAGUGCAAUAUUAGUUUUAACUAUAUUUUUUUAUUUUUUUAUGCGAUUUUCAGUAUACGUUAAAUAAAUUGUCUAAAAAAUAUACCGAAAAUCAUGUGAAAAUUGUUAAUUUAUUAUUUGGUUAAAUAUUGAGGUAAUUUAUUUUAAGAGUGAUCACUCAUAAGAAUGAUUAUAUUACUUAGUAUUAUUUGAAAAUGAUUAUAAAUCAUUAAUUUUUAUGUACCUACAUUUUUUUUUUUUUUUUUUAAAAUUAAAAAAGCUUGUUUUUAACAGUUUCUAUUUUCGCUGGAACUAUGCCAUUGUAAGUGUUUAAAGCUGCUCACAUAGUUUAGCGAUAUGUAAUGCAUUUGAAUACAUUUUGCAUUUACCAUAUCGCUUAAUCAUGUUGGCAGCUUAAUGCAAUAAAAAUUAAUGUUGUGAUAAUUUAGUAUAUAAGUUAAUACCCACCAAAAGAACUGUUUUUUUUCCUCA